AUGAUUCACGGUGGUGCUUUGACACGUUUUGCUUUCAGCGUCGCCACCUUCCUCCUCCUCACCGUCGUCCACAGCCAGGAGACAUGCAGCAAAACAUGCAUUGCGCAAGACUGCACAACCAUCGGCAUUCGAUAUGGGAAGUAUUGUGGGAUAGGAUACUCUGGAUGCCGUGGAGAGCCACCUUGUGAUAGUCUUGAUGCUUGUUGCAUGACACAUGACAAUUGUGUUGAUCUAAAAGGUAUGACUUAUGUUAAGUGCCACAAGCAAUUCAAGCGUUGUGUAAACAAGGUAAGCAGAUCAGCCAAACAAUCUAAUGGCACAAAGGUUGGAUUCUCCACCCAAUGCCCUUAUUCUAUGGUGAUACCAACCAUGUACAAUGGAAUGGACUACGGCAUUUUCUUCAGCGGCAUCGGUAAUAUCCUUGAACCUCCCGCGACGGGAAAGGGCCCUGAUGUGGAGGUUAAUCUUGCUCAGAGUGGUGCGGACACAAAGGGUGGUCUUGGAACAAAAGUUGACAUUCAGACAAAGGAAGGCUCCAAAGUCUCUGCUUCUUUAAACUAA